CAAAGGAUUUUCCCCGGAGUGGCCAGACGGGCUGGGGGACACAGGAUGGCAGAGCUAAUAGGAGUAUCUAACGGGACAUGCGGACGGGCUGAUUUCUUCUAAUAUUUCAAGUGCUGUCUGCGUGCCGGCGUGAAGCCUCACCAUGCCGCUGGUGAAGAGAAACAUCGAGCCGCGCCACCUCUGCCGAGGGGCGCUCCCCGAGGGCAUCGGCAGCGAGCUGGAGUGUGUGAUGAACAACACGCUUUCCGCCAUCAUCCGUCAGCUCAGCAGCCUGAGCAAACAUGCGGAGGACAUAUUUGGCGAGCUGUUUAAUGAGGCCAACACCUUCUACCUGCGUGCCAACUCUCUCCAGGAUCGCAUUGACCGGCUGGCUGUCAAGGUCACACAGCUGGACUCCACUGUGGAGGAAGUUUCCUUGCAAGAUAUCAACAUGAGGAAGGCCUUCAAGAGCUCCACCACUCAGGACCAGCAGGUGGUGUCCAAGAGCAGCGUUCCCACUCCGGUCAAAGAGAUGUACAACCUGAGCGACAAGCCUCCACCUCUCAACAUACUAUCACCUUACAGGGAUGACCACAAGGAGGCGCUUAAGUUCUACACAGACCCCUCCUACUUCUUUGACCUGUGGAAAGAAAAGAUGCUGCAGGACACGGAGGACAAGAGGAAAGAGAAGAGGAAGCAGAAGGAGCAGAGGCGCUGUGUGGAUGGGACACUACAGAGGGAGGUCAAGAAGGUCCGCAAAGCGAGGAACCGUCGGCAGGAGUGGAAUAUGAUGGCUUUGGAUAAGGAGCUGAGGCCAGAUCAUCGACACACCAUACACCGGGACAGAGGCGCUUCCUCUGAGGGCUCGAUGUCACCAGAGAACAGGGGACACGGGCUGGAUCAGCACCACUACCCCAACAGUAUGAACCAUGCUGGUCACGCCCACACCUACUCCGGCCCUCCACCCAGCGCCCUAGUUGCCCAGAUGGCUGCCGGACACGCACCACGCGGAGGAGGUGAACACGACAACAGAGGCAGGACCAUGAUGGCCUAUCAGGGUGGCACGCUGGGCCGCUCUCACCACCACCACGUCCCACUGCCUCCUCCACCCACUGAGGUUAUGAACGGUGGCUCUAUGUCUCUCCCACCAGUGGACUACAGUAUGGAUGGCUAUGCCAACACUGGUCCUCCUCCCCCUCCUCCUGCUCCUGUCAUCCCUUCUGCUCAGACGGCCUUUGCCUCACCUCCUGGAGGUCCGAUGCCUCCCGGACCAAUGGCCGGUGCUGCCGGAUAUGCUCCGCCUCCACCACCUGUAUCUGGAGCCCAGGCUGCUCCACCUCCUCCCGGUCCUCCACCUCCUCCACUUCCAGCUGGUGCCUCCCACUCCACAACGCACAAGAUGUCCUCCGUCGCAUCCGCUGAGACCACAGCGGUCAACGACGCCCGCAGCGAUCUGCUGGCUGCGAUACGUAUGGGCAUCCAGCUGAAGAAAGUACAGGAGCAGCAGGAGCAGCAGGCUAAGAGAGAGCCGGUUGGAAAUGACGUGGCCACCAUCCUGUCGCGACGCAUCGCUGUGGAAUACUCCGACUCGGAGGAUGACUCCGAGUUGGAGGAGAAUGAUUGGUCAGAUUAACACAAAGGCGUAAACACACACACUAAAAGACACGCAGUCGAUCGCUCUCACGCUCACCUGAAAAACGCCCACUUUUCCACAUUCACAGGUCGUCACAGACUUAGUUGCUGGAAACACACACCUUACACGUACACACAGUCACAUGCUGUGGGUUGAUAUAAGCUGAAUGGUCCAAGACUGGAAAUCUGGAGUUGUAUUUGGGAUGCAUAAACACUGUAAAGAGACAAAUAUAAUGUAAUGCUGACCACCCUGUGAAACACUAACACUGAGAACUGAUGACUACAUUUCAAAGCAUUGUGAAUACACCCCAGUGGAUGUUCCUCUACUGUUAUUACACUAUAGACACCCUGUGAAGGUGCUUAUUUUCAACACAUUCUCAUCCCAGGGCGUCAAAUACAGGCAUCCUGUCAGAUAUCACCGUGUCACACAGAUGAUGCAUGCAAAUUGGCCUUUGGCAUCCUAUCUGUGGCAAUAUCACAGGCCAAGAGAUACCCGUCCUCUAUUUUGCAGCAUUUUUGAUGACAGGAAGACAGAUAGAUAAAAGAUGCUGGAGUAAGGCCUCAGCCACGGUACAUGGCACCCACACACUCCUAACUAAAAUGUGUGCUGUACUUUCUGCAAGUCUGCUAGCGUCUGAGUGAUGUCAGUUGUCACUUUUAAAAGAAGAUGGAUGGAGACUCCCAGCUGUUAACCCCUGUUGGGGUUGUCACCGUGAAGGUGGUGCUGAGGGUAUUUAACCUACUUUUAAUCAUGCAAGUUACUUUAGACAAGGUGUGAAAAAACGUGUGGGUCAUUACCACAUGGGCUGAAGUCUGUGCCUCAGGCGGCAGAUGUCAAAGAAAUAUAACAGGAAUGUUUACCCUGCUGUCGUGUCCGUAUCUGCAGCCGAGUGUAAUGGAGGCUUAGGCGUUUUAUACUUGAGCGGGGGCAGCGCGAAAGCAGUCCGGACUGCCCGUCUGCCUGCAGAGAGUGUUUGUUGUCAGAUGGAGGCAGUGUACAGAAGUAUGUGGUACAACCGGUCUGUGGGCCACACACAUACGUAUAACUUCUAACAGACAAAGAGCUGAAGAGGAACCAAUUGUCAAAAACAAUGAGCUCCAGCGUAUGUUUUGUGCUCUUGAAGUUUUGAUCUUUAAUGUUAAUUUCAUGCUUUUCUUGUUCCCAAUGAACUCCACUGUCACUCACUUCCCUAAUCCAGCCCACUUGUCAAACUUUGUCAUCAGCAUUUGACCUACGCGUGCGUCCAGCAGCGUGCAGUUUGGGAUUUCGGAGGAUUGGACAGGAGCACGUUUUUUAGUACGGUGUCCAAACAGAAACACAUAUGCAGACAGACGCAUUUGCAGGACCAUAAAUUAUGCUUUAAGCUCUGGUCACACCUAUAACAGUCCUCUCUAAAACCCUCAUUAGGGAGAUGGAUGGGUGGCUUUGUGUUCUGUGAUUCUGUCACGUUUCAAUUAAGGUGCUAAAAAGCACUCGAUUAUGUCGAGAUACAGCCCUUCGCAACAUGAAUCCUGCGUGUUGAAAAAUGCCGAUUACGCCGUGUGUUUAAAUGUGCUGCCAAGUGGUCUUUUAUUAGCACCAUGAGAUAGAUCCUCCGUCGCAACACAGAUGCCACCUUGUGCGUGCCUGUGAGGCCCAGCGGCUCAGACAAACAGGAGUGUUUAACGUCCUGGGAGUGAGAACAGGUUGUUAUUUUAUGUAUAGUCAAAGCUUGAGAGUGUUAGAAUUAUUAGAAACUUUCCUCUUGAGCUAACUAAUGUACCUUUUUUUAAAAAACUAUUUUUACUGAAACACUUAUGCUGUAGACCACCGAGCGAGACUUUAAUGUGUAGACAAUAACUGGAAUUUAUGGAGGAGCUGGCUGCAGAACAGAUGACCAGAACGAGCAUCUGAAAUACUUUGGCAAUGGACGGAUGGAUGGAUGAGAGACUUACUGAUGAAGAGUAUGAUAGGCUAUUGAGCCGCCUGCUGUUGCUCACUGCUGUGAGGGAGGGAUAUCGGGAUUGGGGAGGGUGGGGCCAUGUAUAUGCUAGUGUGAGCUGUGUAACCUUUGACCCAGAGAAAAAUAAAAUGAUGAAUGAACAAAAAUUACUGGGUUUCUGUGUCUCUUCCCUGUUGUCAUAGGAACGACAAAUACCUGGCCCUUCAGUUUCCAUGGGAACAGUACAGCUAAGAAGGGAGUUGCCAGGGAAACAGAAGAGUGCAAAAAGGGAGGGGCAAGGAUGAACAAAGGGAGUCCAGGCAGGAGUUUUAUGCACAGCACAUGUUUGGUUUUAAUACAAAAUUAACAAGAUCUCUCAGUUGAGUGAACUAACCAAAGCAAUAAAAAGUACAACUAACACCUUGGAAAAAUAGACAGCACGGUCACACAAAUGUGUUUUUUUUUUUCUUUUUACAAUAUCUCAGUUAAGUUAGUGCAUGUUGAUUAUCGUUUAUAUUUUGCAGAUACUUAAAUUGUUGUGCCAUUUUCAUCCCCCCAAAAAUAAAGUGCAUUUCACAUUAAGAACUACGCAUACGUUUACACAAGAUGCUCUUACCGUUUCUGUGGUGUCGCCCCCAUCUCCAAACCCAACCCUAAAACACACACACACAUACCCACACACGCACACAUUCGCGGACCCUUGAGCAAGGCUGGGCAAUUACCUUUCCUAAGGCAUCACAUGAGAAACUGGGACUGUUGUUGAAGCUCGAAUCAAUUUGCUGAAUUCUGCUCAAAUAAUAUGCUCAAUAAUAUCCUCAUUUAGAUUUGACAGCAUUUCUAGUAGAUAACGGUAGAUGGCGUAAGCAUGAAUUGAGGCUAUGGUCCAGGGAAGGCCACAAAGGGCACUAGCGGUGGCUCCCGAGCCAGGCAGAACCCCAUGUACGAAUGAGCGAUGAAUUAAUUGAAAAAGAGAAGAGAGGUGGGGCGCAGAAAGAAGAACAAACAGCUUGUAGUGUGGGUGGGGGGGAAUUCACAUAUAGAUGGAGAACUCUGAAAUUCAGGUAAAUUAUUUUCAAUUUAUCCUUUGACGUUGACAUGUCCAGGGUGUACCCUGGCAGCAGGGUGGGGCCCUCCACAACAGUCCCAGUUUCUCAGGUUUCCCCUUGGGAGCAUUAAUUGCCCAUCCCUACCCUUGAGUGUUUUGAUAUUUAGCUCUAAAUUAGGUCUUCUCCUGCUUAACUAAGCGCCCAUUACUGGCAACAUUACCCACCAAAAAUAACUGCUGUUUAGUACACAACCUUGAGUACUAUGACACCGUGAAACCUUUGGGUACAUUAACAGGUGCGUCUACAGGUAAGUAUUACAUCCAACUUCACAGUCGUUUGCCUUUCUUGGAUACAAAGCC